UCGCGUUUGACAGAAAAAAAUCUUUAGAGCAAUUGUGAUCCGAUCGAGCAAGAGAGUGCACAGUGAAAUCAUUCAUCGUUCAAAUUACGAUUGGUGCGACACGAUCGAGCGUAAAACCGCAUAAUGACGAUGAUAACAGUGGUAUUACUGCUAUUCGCGGUAUCGAUGGUCAGUUCCCUGCCGCUCGCCAAUGUGCAUGUGAAAUUUGUAUCACCCUCCAAUGUACACGAGCACAGCAUCACAACAGACGGGGAUCGAACAUUGGCUCAAAAGUCAUUUAUCUCGAUCGGCCGAAGAAGCUCGACAAAGCGUUCUAAGGAUCUCGAUUAUAAUUACAGAACGAGUCCACGGCGAAAUCACGUACAGCAGACGAUACCGAUAACGAGUUCCGAAAACGUUGAAUCCCUGUGGCCGGUCGGUGUCUUCCUGCCGCCGAUUGACAUCAAUGAUCUCGGAUAUAGUUGGCACGAGGUGCAACGUGGUCUUCCUAAUUUCUACAAAUUCGAGGAACAAGACCCGUAUUUAUUAACUGGCCGUGAAGCAAUGAUGGCAGUUAAAUAUCUCUAUGGAUUAGGUGAGCUUUUCUUCGAUGAUUUUCCGCAUGCAAAAGCAUUGCUGCGAAAUCAGGAAGAGAGGAGGUUCAAUGGUUUGCAUGGACAAGUUCUGGGUAGUUUAAAUCCUAGAUCUCCGUUUCGCAGGCAAGGUGUUGAGAAGCAAAAUUAAACUAAGAGUGAUCAGAUUGAAGUUAUUUAUACCCAGUAAAAAGUUAUUUAUAUCCAGUAGAGAUAUUACUGUGCUCUAGAGAAAAAUCAUAUAUAAGUUUAAUUUGCA